GGUGGCGCACGCAUGGCGCGUACAGCCAAAGACGCGAGUAACAAAUCAGGAAUUUCCCUCCUGCCACUCCUGAGAGCGUGCAAGGCACGACAAAAGUCAAAGUUCUCCUCAGAGAGGGACAGCCCAAGCAGGAUCUAAUACUUUUUUGGAACUCCCCCCCGAACUCAAGAAGAUUGCAUAUUUUCCACCCAAAAUGAGUCCGUGACCACAGCACGAUGUUCCCUUUUUGAGCUUUUUUUUUUCUUUUUGCUGCUGCGUGGAAGUAACGGUGCGGCGCGCAGGAAAAGGCUGCCUGGAAUGUUAGUGGACGGCGCAGGGCGGUUUUUAGUGGCAUAUUUGGAUGAAGUGCGCAACACCGGGGUGCUCGAAUCCGGGACAUGUGGAAUAAAAACGGCGUCUAGAAGGAUGCUGCUGCUUGUACGAUGGAAGUGAAGAACUUUGCAGCUUUUUUGGCGGUGGUUUGUCUCCUUUUUUGCGUCGGCACGAGCCAACAAUUGCGUCCUAAAGGCAGGAAUGUAUGCAAAGCAAGAGGGUCUCCAGGGCCGGUGUGCUGCAGUGGAUGGGCCCAGCUAGGAGAUGAAUGCCUCACACCUCUUUGCGAAGGCAACUUCACUUGCAAGGAAAACGAGGUGUGCGUCCGGCCUAACGAAUGUCGCUGCCGUCACGGAUACUUUGGAGCGAGCUGCGACACAAAGUGCCCCGCCCAGUUUUGGGGCCCAGAUUGUAAGGGGAAAUGCCAUUGUUACCCCAACGGCCAGUGCGACGACCUGACUGGCAAGUGCACGUGCAACCACAACCGCUGGGGGCCCAACUGCGAGAACGCGUGCAUGUGCCAGAAGGGCAAGUGUGACCAGGACACCGGCGUCUGCACUUGUCACCCGGGCGUCUGGGGCCCGCAGUGCAACAACAACUGCUACUGCAGCGCCAACUCGCUGUGCGACCCAAUGACCGGCCGCUGCCUGUGCAGUCCCGGCUGGACGGGGCGGAACUGCGCCAUCCAGUGCAACUGCAACAACUCGCCGUGCGACCAGUUCACGCAGCGCUGCCAGUGCCGGGAGAGGAUGUGGGGGCCCCGGUGCGAGCGGUACUGCCAGUGCAUCCACGGAAAGUGCAACCCGGCCGACGGCUCGUGCACCUGCACACCAGGGUACCGGGGGAAAUUCUGCAGGGAGCCAUGUCCGGCGGGCUUCUACGGGCAGAACUGCAGGAACAAGUGCGGACACUGCAAAGGCCAGCAGCCGUGCAAGGUGACGGAGGGACGCUGCGUCACGUGCGAGCGAGGCUGGAACGGGACGCGGUGCGACCAGCUCUGCUCCAAAGGCUUCUUCGGCGAUAACUGCCAGGAAGCGUGUCCCAACUGCAAGGACGGCCACCACUGCGACCCCAUCCAGGGCAAGUGCUCGCACUGCAACCCCGGCUGGAUCGGGGACAGGUGCGAGGUGCGCUGUCCCAACGGCACGUAUGGCGAGAACUGCCAGAACAACUGCAGCCACUGUUUCAACGUCAACUGUCAUGUUGUCACCGGAGAGUGCCUGUGUGACCAGGGUUUCUACGGAACCUACUGCAACAUGACCUGUCAACCCGGACAAUACGGAGUCAACUGCAACCAAACUUGCUCCUGCCACAACAAGAACUGCGACCCCGUGUCUGGUGCCUGCUAUCUUGAACCGAACCAACGUAUGGGCGUGAUCGCGGCAGGAACCCUGGUCUCCUUUCUGCUGAUCCUGCUGCUCUCGCUGCUGUGCUGCUGCUGCCUGUGUCGACACAAAGACCACCACAACAAAAAAGCCAAGCGCAUCCUGUGCGGACGAUUUAGCCGAAUCAGCACGAAACUUCCCCGUAUUCCACUGAGGAGACAGAAACUGCCAAAAGUCGUCGUAGCCCACCACGACCCCGAACACAACUUCAACUGCAGCUUCAUCGAGCCCCCGUCUGUGGCCGAGCAGCCCUCGCCGUCCUCCUGGUCCUCCCAGGAGUCCUUCUCCUCCUUUGAGAGCAACGACGACGGCCCCGUUUACUGCGUGCCCCACGAAGAAUCAGUGAGUGAAAACAAGGACGUGCACAGCCCCAGUCCAGAAACAGAAAAACCAGAAGCUCCUACCGAUGAGGAAGCCGGAGAGUACACCUCCCUGAAAGACACCGGUGCCACCAAAACAGACGCCAGCGAUCCACCUGUGCUGAAGUCUUCAGAUAGUGAAAGCUCUACCAGCGGAUCAGAGUCUGCGACGGCAACCCUCUAUGCUCGCAUUGCUCGCCUCUCCAAGCAGUCCAGGGAGGAGGAGAGUAGCGCUAAGGACGGGGAGACAGCUACCACAGAGUACAAACGCAAUGGAAAACCACCGCCAUCUCCCGGAAAGCCUAAACCUCGACCACCGGACCCGUCAACCAAACCAAAGGUAUCUUGGAUCCACGGAAGCACGACGGGACCUCUCCAGCCGGACCAUCAAGGACAGGGUGGCUUGAAAGUGCUCCCCGUUCCAAAGAAGAAGAAAAGAAGCUCCAGUGACGUAUCAGCCAAGAGUGAGGAGCAGCACAAAGUGAAAGGAAAGAGUUGCGAUCAGCAAAGGAAGCAGGAGGGUGACGCCGACGGAUCGCCCAGCAAGCACAAUCAGCGAGGCAAGAAGUCUGGGGACGAGCAUAGCAGUCCAAGUCAUAUGGAGCACAUUAACGGUGUGGUUCAGAACGCUCUCAGGAAAAUCAGCAACUUCCACAGCUCUUCGUCUGUGAAGAAGAGCGCCGACACUGCUAAGGAGACCCCCAAAGAGCCCCCUAAGAGCCCCAAGCUCAUCCAUCCACAUAUGAACUCUGAAGCCGCCACACUCCUGGCCGCUCAGCUCAAGGAGAAAACCCAAAGCAUCAACAGGAACGAGGGGACGGGCCUGACCAAGACCAACGGACUCUCGACACCCAAGGGAACGCGGGAGAAGCCCACACCCCCACAGAAAGCCAAGAGGACCACGUCCUCUGGCUUUAACCAGCAGGGAUCUACCAAACCCCUACUGCCCACCUCCAGCAGCCUCCAGAAAAUGGUGGCGCCUGUCACCACAGAUCAAGGGAUCCCUGAAACCAGGAGCCCGGGAGAGCAGGACUUGAACGGCUCUAAGGCAGGGGACCCGAUGGUGGAUGCCACACCGAAGAAGACUCCCAUUAAAAAGCCACCAAGGAAGAAAGGCAAGGAGGCUACUUUGGAUACGCCAGAAACCAAAACACCAAAGACAGCCAUCAUGCCACCACAGAUAGUCAAGUAAGUGCUCUUCCCGCACUAUUUGGCUGAGUCCGCACAGAAAAAGAGAAACAUAGAAUCAUUGGACUGUGUAUUAGGUAUGCUAUGAUCAAGAACUCUACGUCUCAUCCUCCGUCUCAAACCACAAAGCGUGACUUAUGCUGCAUUCGAGAGAAGUGGGUGGUUCAGUCAGUCACACAGUUAGGUAGCCUAGACUCUGGUUCUUAGCCUUGUUUACCUUGAAUUUAAAUGGCAUUCAAUCGAUCGCAACUGGACCGUUCGUUGUUUCUUAGAAAGGUUUAACUUGUCAACAGGGUUAACUUUUAUAAGAAAGAAAAACGCUUAGGGUCGAUUUUUCCAAGACAAACCGAACAGUCCUGAGAAUGCAAAGACCUGGAUGAUUGAGAACAUCCACAGACACAUUUAAGACUGAGUACCACUGUGGGCAUUACGGACCACAGCUUUUUGUGGUGGCCUUCUAGUUAAGAAACAGACCUUUGGACCACAGACCAAUGUGUCCAAACUUCAAUCGGUAAAGUGUGCCUGAAAAGUAUUUCAGUGCCCUACUCUUCGACCGUAAUAUUUGUCCUUAGAAACUGUCAGACCAGUAUGAGGCAUCCAGAGUUACCUACUCUAUCCCAGAGGUGAUUAGCCUUUGGUUAAAUAACACUGGCCUAGACUAAUUUGCGUGAAAGAGGAACAUCAACCUCUUUUAGUAACGUCUAAAGUCCCAGUUUUACGGAAUGCAGCAUUCGUCGGACACAUCAGCUCGUUCAUGAAUACUCUUCAGUGGUACUAAUUCCUCUGCUAGCUACAUUUACAGUAAAGGAUCCUGAGGUACUAUGAUAGCAUAAACAGCAACAAAAUUAGCAUUUUAACAUGACAACAACAAGCAGAAUCAGUCUUGUUUUCUAUCCAGAUAAUCCUGACCUAUAAACGCAGAGAGCACACGGUUUCUGGUUAUGUAUUCGGUCUCAAUUGAUUUUAGUCAUGAAAACCAAGUUGGACCAGAAAAUAAUUUGUUGUGUCACUCUCAGGGUCUCAAAUCAACGAAUAAUUGCCACGAUACUAAACUUUAUAUCAAUAUGAACUGUUUAUUUUCGCUCAUUUAAUUCAAACGUAACCUCAGUUCCGUGUUUUGUUUUGAAGACGCGUGUUGAUUAACGGAAACAAAAAACAUUGAUUGCUUUGGUAAUGCCGAAGUAACAAGCUGCUACUAAACGGUGGCGUGUAGAAGUGUGCCUCGACUGUGGAUCAGUUAAGCCGAAUAAAAAUUUGUGUGUUAAAGUUGGAGUUACAGGUACUUAAACUGGAAUGUUUUUUCUAGAGGAAACGAUUCAUUGUUCAGGAUGGAUAGAUUUAUUGAAAGUGUUUUCUUUUUUUUGAAAGGUACAAGUUUGUAUGUUACUUUUUGCAGCUUUUUAAAACGUAAAAAAAAUAAAUAAAACCGUGUAUA